AACCUUUGUCUUCUCAUUUUUCAGUCCCUCUCAAAAACCAAACUCUCCCAACACAAAGCAAAGCAAAAUAUAGAUUGAUCAUUAUCCAUGGAGGUGAUAAUACCAAGUAGAGCAGCCAUGGAUUUCGACUUCAACAGCGCUCGAUCCUCGCAGUCUGUGACUGAGCCUUCGACGCCAAGGCGGUUUGGGGACUUCUAUAUGAGUGCACCAACAAGCCCUACUCGGAUGUCCGAGUUUUAUAGGGAUUUUGAGGAGUUUUCCAACAUGCGCAACUGGGAAGAUGAUGAGGCAGCAUCUCAAGCGGCCACACCAAAAUCGCCUAAACGUGAGGAUGACUUUGGAUUCGAUGACUUUGCUUUUGAUGUUGGUGAAGAGGUACAAAGAACUUCUCUUUCAGCUGAAGAGCUUUUCGAUGGCGGCGUCAUUAGACCCUUUAAUAAGCCUCCACCCACUCCAUCAUUUUUCCGUCAGGUUCUGUCACCUAGACGGAAAAAGGGUAAAGAAUAUCCGACGACCCAAAUGGACAACACAACAAGAAGAAGCGAGAGAAUAAGCGAACAACAACAACAAAGAGGUAGAGAGAGAACUCCAGCAGCCUUGUCAUCCUCCCUUUCAGGCCGAAGAGCUACAAGAUCGGUAUCACCCUUGAGGGUCUCCGAGUACCAAUGGGUAGAAGAAGAAAAACAAAACCAACAGCAGCUACAGAAGCAACAACAAAACAACAAGCAGUUAGCUCCCAAAGCUACGUUUACAUCCUGCACAGAUUCUAAGGCUUCAAGAAAAUGGAAACUAAAGGAUUUUUUGUUGUUUCGAAGCGCCUCGGAGGGAAGAGCCACAGAUAAAGAUCCAUUCACGAAGUACUUAACUUUGUUUAGGAAAAAUGAAGACGUGAAGAACUCCAGCUUCAGGUCAAUAGACAGCCCGGCCUCAGUUUCGAUCUCAAGGAGAAGAGGGCAUCCAGUUUCAGCUCACGAGUUGCAUUACACUGCGAACAAAGCAGUGUCUAAUGAUAUGAAGAAGAAGACCUUCUUGCCUUACAAGCAGGGCAUUUUGGGCAGAUUGGCCUUCAAUCCCGCAGUCAGUGCCCUUUCCAAUGGCUUUGGGUCUCUUUCAAGAAAAUGAAUAUCGAUCCCCAAUUGAUGCUUUGAUAUGUUCUUGAGAAACUUUUUUCUUCUCCUUUUUGUUGUAAAGUUGGUUAUUUGUUGCUAAUUAGCAGUGUAGAAUUCAUACAUGAGAGGAGAAUGGUUGAUGGUGGUGUGCAGUGAAAAAUCACAAACAUAGAGAAACAACUGCCCCAUUACUGCGCAUAUACACCAUUCUUAAUUUCUUUGUUCGAUCUCAAAGUUUGUAAUUGGAAAAAUACAUACAUAUAAUGGAAAAAGCAUAGAUUAACAAUUCA